UCAUUCAGAGUUUGAAAAAAGAAAAGAAAAUAAUAAUAAGGGCGAGCGGAGCAGAGGAGUUUCCGUUAUCCAUUCAAUUUUCUCUCUCUUCAAUAUUUUUCUUUUGGGGUUUUUGGUUCUGGUUUUGGGGCAAAUCUUUGAAUCCAAUUGUUGAGAGCAGCCAUGGUUUCCGAUUCGGUCGCUAACGCUUCAAUUCCUUCGGUUCCACACAACUCUAAGGAUUUGGGGAAGAAGAAGAGGGCUAGGACGGCCAAAUUGAAGCAGUGCAAGCUUGAUGUUCGUCGUGAGCAAUGGCUUUCGCAAGUUGCUGUCAAGAACAAGUGUUGCAAGGAGGAAAUGGAUGGUGUUCAAACAGCCAAGGAGAGAAACCGUCCUUUAGGGAAUUUAGAGACGUUACCGAGAGGGGGAGAAAACGACGGAUCCAUCCACCAUAAUGAUAGCGAUUCAGAUUCCGCUUCGAACAGUCCUACUAGUUUGACUAGUAGUGUCUUGGGAAGCCACGGUUCGGGGACAAACUUUACUGGGUCAAGCAGUAGUAGUAGUUCCAGCAGCAGCAGCAGUGGUGGCUGUUGCUCAGGGAGUAUUACCGAGGAGGAGGAAGAUGAUGGAUGCUUGGAUGACUGGGAGGCCAUGGCUGAUGCUUUGGCGGCCAAUGACAAGUCAGAAAACCCGUGUACGGAAUCUCCUCUGGACUGUGAAGCAGUUCCCCAAUUGGUUUCUUCUUGUCAAGAAACUAAUGGGUCAGGUUUAGAUGUUGAAAACUCUAAAUCUGAGUUGACAUUGGCAGUCCCAAGAGGUUCAGGGAGUACCCGUGCAUGGAGGCCGGAUGAUGCAUUUCGUCCUCAGUGUUUGCCAAAUUUGUCAAAGCAGCUUAGUCUGCCUAACACGAACAGGCAGCAUUAUGUCUUUGGAGGUGUCCCUUGGGCCUGCAACACCAUUCCACCAUCCCACUGUCCAAUAUGCUGUGAAGAUUUGGAUUUGACGGACACAAGUUUUUUGCCUUGUUUGUGUGGUUUUAGGCUCUGCCUCUUCUGUCAUAAUAAGAUUCUUGAGGAUGAUAGGCGCUGUCCUGGAUGCCGGAAGCCUUAUGACUGUACUCCUGUGAAGGCGGAGGCCAUUGUCCAAGGAGGUAGCCUUACCGUCCGCUUGGGUCGUUCUUGCAGCAUGAUUACAAGGUCUUAGGUCUCUGUUUUCACGAGUUAUGUAUGUUGGGAUUUUGCUUUCUUUAUUUUGUUCUGUUUUACUUGUGCCUCGUGUUGCAUUGCAAGACUUUUGGUUUCGUUAGUUAGAAGUGGGCAUAGAGUUUUGAGCAACCGAGAGUUGAACUGCUUCUCUUUUGAUUAUGGUUCUUAUCUUUAUGGUGCAUGUGCUAAUGUAGAGGACUAAAUAUUCGUAUGUGAAUAGAUAUGGUGGUAUAGAAAUUCAAUACAAUGAAAUAAAAAUAAUAAUACACUACGUUAUGGCAUA